AUGUCGCCUAUCGGCCCUAGUGGAAACCGUGAGCUUGUUCGCCGCGCGCCGGUGGAAACUGCAGAGUUCGUGAGCCUUUAUGCCCUGGAGGCCCAAACCCAUGGAUUGGAAUUCGACAAUGGACAUGCACGAAGAUUUAGGAUGGAGAUAGAUUUUCACUUCUUCAAUGCGUGUUGGGCUGGGUCCAAUUUGGCUCCUAGAGUUUCGUAG